GGCCCGGCCAUGGGGUGGAGCCCGGCAGCUGCAGCCCGAGGCUGAAGCCCCCGUCGGGCCGGGCCGGGCCGGGCCGGGCCGGGCGUCCGGGCUCCGGGGCGGCGGAGCUCAGAGAUGCCCCGCGCCGAGGGACCUCCGCCUCCGAGCCCGCACUAGCCCGAGGCGCGGGAGCAAGAUGGCCAACUCGACGCCCGUCAACGGCAGCCACGGCAACCAGUCGAUGGAGCCGCUGUCCCACAACCGCUACGAGAUGGUGGAGAUGGUGUUCAUCGCCACGGUGACCGGCUCCCUCAGCCUGGUGACGGUGGUGGGCAACAUCCUGGUCAUGGUCUCCAUCAAGGUCAACCGGCAGCUCCAGACGGUCAACAACUACUUCCUGUUCAGCCUGGCCUGCGCCGACCUCAUCAUCGGGGCCUUCUCCAUGAACCUCUACACCGUCUACAUCAUCAAGGGCUACUGGCCGCUGGGGACGGUGGUCUGCGACCUGUGGCUGGCCCUGGACUACGUGGUCAGCAACGCGUCGGUCAUGAACCUGCUCAUCAUCAGCUUUGACCGCUACUUCUGCGUCACCAAGCCCCUCACCUACCCCGCCCGGCGCACCACCAAGAUGGCCGGCCUGAUGAUCGCGGCCGCCUGGGUCCUGUCCUUCGUCCUGUGGGCCCCGGCCAUCCUCUUCUGGCAGUUCCUCGUGGGCAAGCGGACCGUGCCGGCGGACCAGUGCUUCAUCCAGUUCCUGUCCAACCCGGCGGCCACCUUCGGGACUGCCAUCGCCGCCUUCUACCUGCCCGUGGUCAUCAUGACCGUGCUCUACAUCCACAUCUCGCUGGCCAGCCGCAGCCGGGUCCGGAAGCACCGGCCCGAGGGCGACAAGGAGAAAAAGGCCAAGUCUUUAUCCUUCCUCAGGAGCCCCCUCAUCAAACAGAACAACAACAACCCGCCCAAGAAGCCGGCUCUGGUGGCGGCGGAGGCGGGGGCGGGGGCGCGGGCGGAGGUCCGGAACGGGAAGGUGGAGGGGGAGCGGCCCCGCCCCCCGCCCGCGCCCCGGCCCCCCGACGACAAGGACACCUCCGAGUCCAGCUCGGCCAGCGUCACCCAGAGCACCAAGGAGAAGCCGGUGACGGAGGAGGUGUCCGGCACGGACACCGGCCACAGCCCCGCCGCCCUGCCCCGGGCCCUCAACCCCACCUCCAGGUGGUCCAAGAUCCAGAUCGUGACCAAGCAGACGGGCAGCGAGUGCGUCACGGCCGUGGAGAUCGUGCCCGCGGCCGCGGCCCGGGCCCGGCCCGCCGCCAACGUGGCCCGCAAGUUCGCCAGCAUCGCCCGCAACCAGGUGCGGAAGAAGCGGCAGAUGGCCGCCCGCGAGAAGAAGGUCACGCGCACCAUCUUCGCCAUCCUGCUGGCGUUCAUCCUCACCUGGACCCCCUACAACGUCAUGGUGCUGGUCAACACCUUCUGCCAGAGCUGCGUCCCCGACACCGUGUGGUCCAUCGGCUACUGGCUCUGCUACGUCAACAGCACCAUUAACCCGGCCUGCUACGCCCUCUGCAACGCCACCUUCAAGAAGACCUUCAAACACCUGCUCCUGUGCCAGUAUCGGAACAUCGGCACGGCCAGGUAGGUGGGCCCUCGGAGAGGGGCGCCCCUGACCGCCGCGGCCCCUCGUGACUCUGUUUCCCGACCGGUUCCCGGCUUUCCCCGGGGCCCUUCCGCUCCCCCCCACGAAGGACAGCGAAGACGGACGGAAGGGCCCGCCUGUUGGUCGGUGGCCCGAGGGACGCCAGGGACUAGGAGAGGAGUCGGGGCCUAGUCCGUGCGGAGCUGCCUCCGACGGAGCCCCCGGGGAGCUCCUGCCCGCCCCCGUCCCUGGCCUCCGGCCGCCGGAGCCCAGAGGAGCCCGGGGCGAGGGCAGCGGCGGUCAAACUGAGUCUGGGGUCUGCCCCGGCUCCAGCGCGGGGCCUGCAGAUUCCACUUUCGACGGACGCCCCGUCCUCCAGGCGUUUGAGACCAAAGAGGCCUCCUCCUCCCCCCGGCCCCCACCCACACCCACACCCCUGCUCCGUUGAGGGAGCUCAGCAAAGGUGGGCGGCGGAGGGAGGGCCCGGGGAGGAGCACGUCCCGGAGAAGGGAGAACGAGAGCCGCCUUUCCGAGACGCGCCGCCGGGCCUGGACGGUGGCCGUGGGGACGUGGAGGGGCGGCGGGUGCCGGGCCAGAGGCUCUGGCGAGGCUGGGAGAGGAGGCCGGGAACUCCGAGCCAAAGAUGUCCCUUCCUCAGCUGACGAAUCAGGGGCCGUGGACGUGGAGAGGAAAGCAGAUGAUCUCCCUCCCCAGAAGGGAGCCGAGCCAGCGGGGGAGCAGCCGGGAGAGUGGGCAGAGCCAGGGCCUGGCCGGGCUCCAGGGCUUUGGCAGGGAGGGAGGAAGGGGAAGACAAAUGUUUCCUGUGGGGAGGGAGGAGUUGGGAAUGGGUCUCCUUGAGCCCGGAGGAGACCAGUCAGCCGUGUUUCGGGGGGAAAAGGGAGGCCCACCCCCAGCUUUGUAAAUGGUGCUGCCUGCCCUCGUCCUCCUCUUGCCCGUCCCGGCCUCCCUCCCUCCCUGCUUCCCCCGUGGCCGGCCCUCUGCAUGCAAGGCUCAGCCCCUCGUUCCCUCCCACGAGGAAACACGCCCCUCCCCAGCGGUUAGGGGUGGGAGUGGGGGGCUGGAGCGAUGGGAAAGGGACCCCCACCCUCCCCAGCCCCGG